AUGAAUCGUAUCUCCGACACCAUCUACGCCGACCACCGGGAACUCAAGCUAUACUACGAUCAAAUCAUCCACUCGGAAGAUGCCGAUGAACAGACUCGUUGGCAGAAUCAGUUUACCUGGGAAUUAGCUCGUCAUGUGGUUGGCGAGGAACUAGUGCUGUACCCGGCGCUGAAUAAGUACCUACACCAAGAUGUAGCCGAAGACCGGCAACAACAUCAAACAAUCAAAGAGGAACUGGCCGUGUUUCAGGACCUUAAAGCCACUGACCCACGCUUCAUACCCACCCUGGCAGUUCUCAUGGGAGAUUUAGCAAUCCACGUUAAUCACGAAGAAGUGGAUCUUAUAAAUCUCGAAUCAUCAAUCACGGGAGAGCAAAGUCGACGUUUAGCGGCAUCUUUUGACCGUACAAAACACUUCGUUCCAACACGUGCUCAUCCUAGCGCUCCCGAUCGUCCCCCUUAUCAGACCGUUGUCGGAUUGAUUACGGCUCCACUGGAUCAUUUACAGGAUCUUUUUAGGAAAUGGCCUGAGUCUGAUGAAAUUGUUCCUGGUACUCUAGAGUAA